GGAGACAACUUUAUAUAUUUAAUCUCCAGGAAAUAGUGAUUACUUGAAAAAAGAAAUAACAAUAGCUUAUUAUUUCAAUUAUAUACCUUUGUUCAUGGCAACAAUGAACUGAAAGUGAACACACCUUUACAGGAAGUGUCUGUCGAAUCAAAGCUAACGAUUGAAUUGUAAAUGCACCACAGAUUUGAUUAGAUCCAAGAAAAGAGUUACUUAAAAAUGGCUGACUUCGAAGUGCCCGUAGUAACUUCAGAAGAUAUAGACUUAACUACAGCUCGUGUUGCUUUAGUUGUUACUGGCUUGCAGAUUACAAAAGGAAUCUUUAAAAAGGCUAAACCGAAAAAUGGAACUGUAGACGUAGUAUUUGGAGAAAGAUCAUUUGAGGUUACUGCUGAGAUCAAGGGCAAAAAUGGAGUGCCAAAGAUAUAUAAACAAACAAUAAAGAAAUUACCAGGGCUGAUUGAUAAAGAUGCUUGUACUGUUGAUUACAAGAAAGACCAAGUUAUUUUAACUUUAAAGAAAGAAGAAGAGGGAUCAUGGGCUGUUCAGUUAUCACAGUCAGGACUUGAACAGAGUGAUGAUUAGAUUAACAUUGCUUUGUAGACAGGAAAGGGAAAUUUAAUAGUGAUAUUUUAUAUUUUUAACAAUUGACACUUUCACAAGCUUGAUAUUUAUAAAAUAAUGUAGAUCUGCUUAUUUUUUCUGGCAUGGCUGAACUCAAUUUAACAGUCCUGAUUUUUUUUUUUGUGAUAUCAUUGUACAGGGAUAUAGUGCUGAAAACCUGUAUGAAUAUCAUGUACUGAAUAACUCAACAAUGCAUAACAUGUAACAUUUUUCAUAUUCUACAUUUCAUUUUAUUAAUUCUUUUUUAUUUAAAUUUUAUUAAAGUUAAAGAUUUUUAAUUUGAUGUAUAUUAUUAUGCUUUGAUAAGAGGUAAUUGGUGUUAAUAAUUUAUUUUGCUCAGUUUUUACUCAUGAAUAUUUUUUAUUUGGUAUAUCAAACCAUGCAGGUUUUGUAAGUAAACUGCACUCAGACUUUUUGAAAAAUGUGAUUAUUCAAAUAUGUCUAAAAUGUAAGUAGUUCAAGUAAGAAAUUUUUGGCCUUGCAUGAAAGUUAGUAAGAUAUCUUUUCAUUUAAAGUAAGAUCUGAGAAGAAUUCUGUUAUAAUUAUUUAUUAAGUCAGUUUAUAGUGUUUUUUUUUUAUGAAUUUUACUCUUUAUACAAAUAUUAUAUAAGUUCUUACUAUAUACAAUUUUUAAAAACAUGAAAUAUUUAAUCUUGUGUUUACAAUCCAUGGUUAAAUUAUAAAAAUAUUAAAAGGUAAUGUUAAGGAGAUUCAAAGAGAUUUCUAGCUUUGGUAUUUUGUACAUGAGCCAGUUAUGGCUCUUAUUUCCAUUAUGUAAAUUACCUGUGGUUCCUGAAAUUCCAGAAUUAUUUGACCUGAUUAUCAUAGGUCUUGAUAUAGUCAUGUUUCUAGGAAACCUCAUGAAUCUCUAUAAACAUCAUCUUUAAGUAAUGGUAAGUUCAAUUCUAUAUUCUCAUAGCUGAUUGUUUUGUUUUUUUGAUACAGGAUUUGCUAUAACCUCAAUAACAAGUCCCAUCUCAUGCAGAUAGUAACUGACUGACUCAAUAGAUUUCUAAUUCAUUGAUUCCUGAUGAAAAUAUUUGUUUGAUGAUUGGAAAUCUGGAAAUAGGCCAAUAGAAGAUAUAAACAAUGUUAUGUAGUAAGCUGUAAAAUUAUGUAGAAUUAUUCUUAGCAAUACCUUAUACAUAGAUUAAAAUGAAUAUUUAUAAAAAGCCAUUGAAAGGAAAACACAUAAACAUGAACACAAACAAAUCACACAGUUGAUGUAGGAUUGCACUCAGUAAUCUGCAUUUUUGUCUGUGAUAGCACUCUCAAUUUGACUGAAUACUCAGGCCAUAUCCUUUUAGAACUUAUAAACACAAAGUUUAAUGACCAUGAAAAUAAACUGUAUACACUAGCUUG